UGGUCCCUGCAUGUUGAUUGAUUUUUUUACCUGUUCUAAAAUGGCGACCGUAAACAAAGCCGUGGAGAGUGGUGUACUGGACAUAGCUUGGUUAUAAUGCCCAAACCUCGAAUAUACAGUAUAGAAAAGAUCAUUAACUGACCAUGGACAAAAUGUAUGAAAUCUUAAUCACCGCAGCCUUUCUCGUCUCAGGUCUUUAUGCAGAGCAAUGCUACACAAACUCAGGCGGCGUAUACAGUGCCGGAAGUAUAUACCGGAACCUGAAGUACUGCGCUUUUGGAUGCUGCGGACCUGCCCUGAAUCGUUACUGCUGCCCCAUCAUCGGACCUAUCAUCGGGAUUUGUCUGGGAGCCAUUGCUUUCAUCGUUAUUCUCAUUGUAAUCAUCGUCUGCUGUAGAAAAUAUGCCGAGAAGCAAGCCAGACGCCGUGCAGAUUUAAAAAUACAUCUAGGUCCUACAUUGGCUAGCCGAUAUGAUCCGCCCCGAUAUGAUGCCGAGUCAAAUCACCCAAACAGUAGACAAGACUAUCAGUUAAAAUCACACUCUGUCCGAGAUGCAUCCUCACAUCAUGCACAUGGUGUGUAUGAUGAAAUUUCAGAUGACAUCGAUCAUCGUCCUCAUCGCAAAAAAGACAUAGAUGAUCCACACCACUCACGUGACGAUGCUCGGCUUGUUAGCAGUCGUAACACCUACAGAAGUGAGAAAAGGUCGCCAAAGAGGUCAGAAGCUCAUAGCCACAGUAAUCGUCGUGGGUACCACAGCGACGAUGAUCAGCGAAACGAUUAUCGCGAUAGUCAUCGUGGACGACAUCACCAUAGCUAUGAACGUGAAAGGGAACGUCAUCACAGUCGAUCCCGGGAGCGAUAUAUGGAUCGUAGUUACGAUGACGAUGAUUACUCUGAUGAAGAAAGGCACAGAAGAUCUAGUCAUCGGAGAUCACGAUACAGUGAUCCGCCGCCGUAUCGCGAGAGAUCACGAGACUUUGAUAGGUAUGACCGCCAUUCUCACCGCAGAUCAAGAUCAAGAGAUCGUUAUUACAAUAGAUGAUUCGAACACUGCUCAUCAGGAAUCAAGAUGACCAUUAACAUGUCACCGAAAGUUCUCACAGAUCACUCUC